AUGGCCACAUCCGUCGAACAGGACAGUAUCAUCGGAAACAUAUCAGAGCUCGCCUUGUUUUCCAUCUUCCACUUGGAUUGGCAUAAUGGCGUGGCUGAGCGAUUCUGGGACCGCAUUCGGGAGGACCACGUUUCGCUCUGGGGCUCCCUGGCGGAGACCGAUCCCAGUCUAUCGUGGUGGCUCACUCGAUCCUCCGGGCGUAUUAAGCGACAGCUGGAGGAAAAGAUUUACAUGUGGUACGGGCCCGUCACUUGA